GUAGGGUUUAAGAGUUCUAUUUUAUAAAUGUAUAAAUUACAUCUUCUCACUUUUACACAUCAGUUAUAUUAGAAAACCUAGUGAUUUCGGCUGCUUCAUCGUCAAGGAAGGAAGAAGAGUCUCUUUGAAAUCAACUAGCAAAUAUGUCUGGUGAAGAAGCAGUUGUUGCAGCCGAGCCUGUUGUUGCUGCACCUGGAAUUCCAGGGGAGCCAAUGGACAUCAUGACUGCUGUUCAGCUUGUGCUGAGAAAGUCCCGUGCUUAUGGCGGCCUUGCAAGAGGUCUUCAUGAGAGUGCUAAAGUGAUUGAGAAGCAUACGGCACAGCUUUGUGUUCUAGCUGAAGAUUGUGACCAACCUGAUUAUGUCAAAUUGGUCAAGGCUCUUUGUGCUGAGCACAAUGUUAGUUUGUUGACUGUUCCAAAUGCAAAGACCCUCGGAGAAUGGGCUGGUCUGUGCAAGAUUGAUUCAGAAGGAAAAGCGAGGAAGGUAACUGGUUGCUCCUGUGUGGUUGUCAAGGAUUUUGGCGAGGAGCACGAAGCAUACAAUGUUGUUUUGCAACAUGUGAAAUCUAACUGAGUUGCACUUUUCCUAGAUUUGUUGUUCUCAAUAUGAAGUUUUUGUAUAAGUCCUAAGAUUUUUGUUUUUAUGGAUUAUCUGCCUAGGGAUUUUGAUGGUUUAAUACUUUACCAUUCUCAUGUCUGCCUUUUACUCAUUUGUUGAGACUGAACUUUCUUUUGGGAUCCAUUCUCUAUUUAUACACUUACUAUCAGCUUGAUGCAAACCCACUUGAACUUGCAGAAAUAGAAUUUUGAUGUUUUUCAUUGAUUAA